AUGCAAGCUGUGCUAUCAAUCCCCGCGCUCUCUUUCCUCGUGAUACCGGCCUUCUCCAGCUACGGCACCACCCUCAAUCUUCUCUUCUUCACGUUGACCUGGGCGAUUUUGGUCAAGACUAAUAAUCCACUUCACGUCGAGAUCCUCGGAACUUUUGGCAUCCGCUUGCUCUUUUACAUCCUUCCCUCACUGGGCUUCCUGUUCCUCGAUAGCGCUACACCAGCGCUUGCUGUGGGGAUCAAGGAGCAUGGAGAUAUUGCGCUGCCAAUGAGCGAGGAGAAUGGGGGCAAGAGAGGCCGCUGGUGGAAGGUUGCGCUUAUCAGCAUUGGGAAUGUAUUACUCGGUAUUGCAAUACAGACUGGAAUUGAGCUUCUCUUCACCCAAGUAUUGCAUCUCCAGAGCGUACUGAAAUUGAGCACUGGGCUACCGAUGCCAUGGGGCAUUGCCAAAGACUUAUUCCUCGGCCUGCUCCUUCGUGAAGUGAUGACUUAUGUCUUCCAUCGCUAUGGACUUCAUUCUGAGCAAUCGCCCCUUACAGGAAUGCACACCAGUUGGCAACAUACAGUCCCUACGCCAUUCUCCCUGGUUGCCCACUACGAUCAUCCCAUUGCCUACCUUAUUCAUGUUUUUCUGCCUACAUAUCUGCCUGCCGUUACUUUCCGCUUUCACCUUCUUACGUACCUUCUCUAUCUUGCCAUUGUUUCGCUCGAGGAGUCACUCGCCUACAGCGGAUACAACAUGCUUCCUAGCGCAUUCGUUCUCGGUGGCAUAGCGAGGAGGCAAGAAAAGCACCUCAUGGGCGGUGGCAAUGGUAACUAUGGAUGUUUCGGUCUUGUGGAUUUCGCCAUGGGAACUAGCAUUGGCGAGGAUUUGGUGGAUGAUGUUAUCGACGAAGCGGAGGAGAAACAGGUGGCUAAGAAAACAAAGGGGAAAGUAAAGAAGACGGGAAAGAAGGUCCUGAAGAAGGCGCCAAAGAAGAAGAGUGAUAAUGAGGAAGAGGAAGAGGAAGAGGGUGAAAGGGGAGCGGCGGGGGAAGAAGAAGAUGAAGAUGAAGAUGAAGAAGAAGAAGCUCCAGAUACGAAGAGCAAGGGCAGCAGGCUGAAUGAGAGCGGAAAGAGGAGAGCUGAGACUCAUGAGGAUGAUGCCAACGGACAAUCCCCAGAGGGAAAGAACGAAACUCCCCCGAAGAGGCUGUCCAGGACACGAAGGGGUGAGAAAAUGAACGGUGAGGAAGAUGCUGAGGCGGGAGGGCAGGACGAGGAAAUCAAAGCUGAGCAGGAAAAGCCGAGGCCGAGGGCAAAAGGCGUGAUGAAGAAAAGUAGCCAGAAGAGCAACGCCGGGAGCCGACCAAGAAGACGCAACGAAGAGGAUGAUGAAUCAUAG